AUGGCUGGCAUGCGGAGGGAUGUGGAGGUAGAUGAAGUGGCGUCUGAUGCGGUCAACGAAGUAGAAGACAUGAUGGUAGGUGCCAAUCAGAAUUGGGACGUACAGCAAGCUAUUGACUGGAUGAAGGCACUGGCCGAGUUCAAGCCACUUUGGAUCAAGGAGCCUACUUCCCCUGAUGAUGUUCUUGGACAUGCUGCAAUAGCCAAGGCACUGAAACCACUUGGGAUUGGUGUGGCAACUGGAGAGAUGUGCUGCAACCGCGUAAUGUUCAAGCAGUUUCUGCAGGCUGGUGGAAUGCAAUAUUGUCAGAUUGAUUCAUGUCGCAUUGGUGGUGUCAAUGAGAUAUUGUCUGUUUACCUAAUGGCUUACAAAUUGGGAGUUCCAGUUUGUCCUCAUGCUGGUGGUGUUGGACUCUGUGAGAUGGUGCAACAUCUCCAGAUAUUUGAUUACAUCUGUCUUUCGACAACGAAGGAGAACCGAGUAAUUGAGUAUGUCGAUCAGCAGCACGAGCAUUUUGAAAACCCAACCAAUGUUAAACAUGCUCACUACAUUGCACCUACUGCUCAGGUUACAGUACAAAGAUGA